AUGCAGCUCCAAAUAAACAACAUCCAGUGCGUGGCGUCCUGGUACUGGGACGUGCCGAAGGAGUUGAAGCGCGACUCACCCGUCUACGAGGACGAGGACGAAGAAGACGUUUGUGGAAUCUGCCGCGGAAGCUACAACGGCACCUGCCCCAACUGCAAGCUCCCGGGCGAGACGUGCCCGUUGAUCGUCGGCUCAUGCCACCACAACUUCCACGUCCACUGCAUCUACCAGUGGCUCAACACCUCCACGUCCAAGGGCCUCUGUCCGAUGUGCAGGCAAGCGUUUUCACUCCGGGAGGGCAUCCGCAUUAACGAGCCCCACCGCGACAAGUUCGAGAAGGUGUUGAUGAAGGCGCGCCAGCAGAGCGUGGUGAGCGUCGCGGGCGCCAACCCGGUCGGGCCGGACCAGGACGACGUCAUCAUCGACCAGGAGUUCAUCCGCUGA